AUGGCGCCUCAGAGAGGUGUCUCAUCUAAGAAAGGAAGCGAGAAAGGCAGCAGUGCUAUGGUAUCAAGUUCUCGAAAGAUCAUCCGCAACGAUGAUAACACACAUUCCAUAGCAAAGCGCCAUCGUAAUAAUCGAGGCGACGGCGCAUCUAAUGCUUCGCAUCCGAAAACGCCCCGAAGGCAUGAUGUAGAUCUCGCAUCGCCUAUCAACAUUAUUCCAUCUAGAAGGUUAAAGAUAUUUGUCUUUGGAGAAGGAGGAUUCGGUGAACUCGGUCUUGGGAAUCAGAAGCACGAUGGGAAGAAGCCUAUGAAUGUGAAGCGCCCACGUCUCAACCACAAUUUACUCCCCGAUAAAGUUGGAGUUGUCCAAGUUGCGUGUGGCGGCAUGCACGUAGUUGCGUUGACUGCGGACAACAAGAUUCUUACAUGGGGCGUUAAUGACCUUAAGGCAUUAGGUCGUGAGGUGGUCUUUGAAGAUCCGGGAACUGAUGUGGAUGGUGAUGACAAUGAAGAGUAUAGGGGCCUUGACCCCGGCGAAAGUACUCCUGCUGAAGUCGAUCUAGGUGCUUUAAACCAUACCCCUCAGUUCGUGCAAGUUGCGGCCACCGACUCUGCCUCAUUUGCCUUGACUACGACAGGGGAGGUAUACGGAUGGGGUACAUUCAAGGGUUCUGAUGGUGUUUUCGGGUUUACACAGGACAUAAAAAUACAGUCAACCCCUAUACAAAUAACUGGGCUUAAGGAAGUUACGUCUUUGGCCGCCGGUGCAAACCAUAUGCUAGCCUUGGAUAGACACGGGAAAGUUUUCACCUGGGGGUAUGGCGGUGAAUUCCAGCUUGGUUGGAAACCAGCCUCAAGACAUACCAGUCCUAAAGCUACACUGCAUCCUCGCGUCUGCGGGAACUUCACGAAACGGAACUAUGCUGUGAAGAUAGCAGCAGGAUCUUAUCAUAGUUUCUAUAUCAACAACAGGGGGAAAUUAUGGUCCUGGGGUUUGAAUAACUUCUCUCAGACAGGGCAUCCGGACCUUGCCGGCAAAGAUAAUGCCAUAGUUACCACCGCCAAGGCCGUUCGAGCUCUCCGCGACCAUAAUAUCGUCCAUGUAGCUGGAGGCGAACAUCAUUCUGUUGCGAUCAGUUCUGAUGGCAAACUAUUUGCGUGGGGCAGAAUCGACGGACAUCAGGUUGGCUUGCCGAGAGACACAUUCACGGAAGAAAAUACUGUGAUGGAUAAAAAUGGGAGUCCGCGCAUCCUCUUAGAGCCUACAGUCAUUCCGAAUAUAACAGCUACCUUCGCCGCUAUUGGGACUGACACUACUAUUGUUACCACGCCUAAUGGACAAGCAUAUAGCUGGGGCUUUUCUUCAAGUUACCAGACUGGGCAAGGAACAAAGGAUGAUGUUGAGACUCCAACGCUCAUUGAUAAUUCAGCUGUGCGUGGUGAGAAUAUUGUCUGGGCAGGUUCCGGAGGGCAGUACUCUAUACUAGCAUCUACAAGUUAAAGCUAGUUAAUAUGGAUAUGAGGUGCCUAGGGUGAAUAGCAAAUGAUUAAAUCUUCUCCAACUUGUUUCCUUAAAAUAAACAUGGUGUUAGG